UUCAAGACUGUGUUCGUGCAGCCGUAAACAGUCGAGUUGGAUGUUACGUAUUUACAGUAGCAUGCAUCUUUAUUUAGAAAACGAGUAUCAGAUCAACGCAUGGAAUGCGGUAGAUGUCGCCGUUGACGGUCAGCUCCAGCACGGGCAUGUGGUCAACACUGCGGACAACGGCCUGAUCGUCGAUCUGCACUGCACAAGUCAGACGGCUGUUUUUGUCGAAUAUGGGAAGAUCUUCGAUCCCCGUGGAGCAUCACAUUAUAUACCAGGUCGGUCGAUAAACCAAGGAACUGCGAUACAUGCGUUACUGCAGGCUCGUCCCGACCGCGCCUGGACCUGGUAUCACGGGAGGAUGGUGCGCUCAGAUUUCCGGUAUGGCGGGUAUGCCUGGGUCGAGGUGAGCGUGGAAGGCAUUACCGUUACGGAACUGCUUUCCCUGUCGCAAAUCCGUGUCCCCUCAUCCCACGACAAGCUUCAGGGGAGAGUGAUUGAACGGGAUGAAUUUGUCGCAUGCACCGGUCGUCUGCCGGACGGCUAUUCGUCGGUCGUAACACCAUUAUUCUUGGCUCUCUUUCAACGCCAGUGCACGUGGUUAAAUACGCGUCGUGUUUAUCCUGUUACUUUUCUGAGCGACAGUUUCUUAUAUCUUCAACGUCAAGGUGAAGAUUAUUCAGAAUUUCUGGAAAAAUCUUUUUGCGAUGUGCAGGAUAGGAUCCUUUUCCACCGUGCGCGGGGUGAAGCGUAUCCUGAAGAAGAUCUCAUUCUGCGCCGCAAACAAAUAGAAAGCCCCGUUAUGUGGGGAAGUACUCCACCAAGCUCGCGUAUUCCGUUACCGACAGAGCUGUUGUUAGAGAUAUUUCACUCUCUAGACACCCUUGAUCAGCAGCGAUAUCGGCGUACAUGUCAACUAUGGGAUGCCUUGUUGACUUCAGUUGAUUUCUCUAAGACCAUUCAGUUAUCCUACAACAAACCCUAUUUCCCUUCCUGGGUCUCGGGGAUUACAAGAUACAUACUACUGGUAUGUUUGCUGAAGCAGCUUGGUCCGGCAACGCAACGCAUUUACAUCCGGGACGCAGGAGGAUUUCGUCGCCCCUUCGAAAUCAUCCACUCCAUUUUGCUUGUUGCAGACGUUGUAAAAUGGAGACAGCACCCGGUGCAACAGUUAAUUUUUGGCUACUGUGUAUUUUCCGAAAUGCAGUCUAUGGAACGCUUUUUCAAUGCAAAAUCGGACAUUUAUACUAACUUUUUGGCGCCCUGCUGUAAGAGUGUCGUCUGGCGACAUUGUACGGUGUCAUCGCGGUGCCAGCCGCCGGCAACCAUCUUGUGGAGCAAAACAAUCACAAUAACUAACCACAAGACCUGACUUUGAAAGUUGCUUGGAGAAGAAACAGCCGCUAUCGGGAGCCAGUGACAGCGGUCAAAAGAUCACAUACCACAUGCUGUUGGUAUAUAUAUAAUACUGGACGGAGGGAAAAAAUGGCUUAUUGCAGCGCAUUAAUUGAGGACAAAGAAGCAGACAGGAGAACUCCCCGUCAUGGCCGGCGUUUCUCUCACCUUGAGCGUAAAAAGCGUCGUUAUCAGACUUUUUGCUUUCCACCGAUGAAUACAAAAGGAAGUUACCAGACUGGUUAAACGUUACCAAUUACGGACCAUUGGUGUUCUCAUGUGUAUUUGCAAAUGAAAUUUCGCGUAUACGCGAAACACCAAUGGACCGUCCAGCGUGGUAACUACUUAACAGCUACCCGAGUAGGCUUGAGCCAGUGUCGCAAAAAUUAAUUGUUGUCCUUGCACACUUACCGUACCAAAUAAU